AAGAGUCGAAAAUUAUUACGCUUGUUUUUGCUGCACAGGUUGGUAGGAGAGGGAGUGGGCAAACCAAUGGAAAGUCUGAUAAAUAAGACAAUUUUUAUUCGUGAAUCCAUUAACAAAACACUUUCUCUCACUAGGCAACUCUGGUAAUCCAAGCUUCUUUCCCAGAGAAAGAAGAUGGUAUUUAUUCGCGAAUCCAUUGAGAAAAGACUUUCUUUUCCUUGGCUAACUCAAGGCCCCCUCCACUAAUUCCUCCUCUGCGGGAUUGCGUCCUGUGGGCUAUAAAAACUGUUCCCAUGGACUCAGAAUUUAUCAUAUUCUUCUUAAUCGUCAUUGCUAGCUUAGAAAUUAGUGAUAUUUUUUGGGCCCCAUGGUAUUCAGUCUUAGGAUGUGCUCUGUCUGAAGCAGCUUGAGCUUAAAAUAGCUAAUUUACAAGGGCAUCCCGGCCGGCGUACGGUUUGGUCUGUUGGUUUUUAAGAUGGAAGAGCGUUUGCUGGAUGAUAUCAUCAAGCGGCUGCUGGAGUGCAAGGGCGGAUCGGUAAAACAGGCGCCACUCUCCGAGGCGGAGAUUCAGCAACUGUGUGUGACAUCGAAGGAGAUAUUUCUCAGCCAGCCCAAUCUCCUGGAGCUCGAGGGUUCACUCAAGAUCUGCGGUGAUAUCCAUGGACAAUAUUCUGACCUGUUAAGGCUGUUCAAUUAUGGUGGCUUUCCACCAGAUGAAAAUUACUUGUUUUUGGGUGAUUAUGUUGAUCGUGGUAAGCAGAGUUUAGAGACAAUAUGCCUCCUCCUUGCCUACAAGGUCAAAUACCCAGAAAACUUAUUUCUUUUAAGGGGAAACCAUGAAUGUGCUUCCAUCAACAGAGUAUAUGGGUUUUACGACGAAUGUAAGCGGCGGUUCAAUGUUCGCUUGUGGAAGAUUUUUACAGAUUGUUUCAACUGUUUGCCUGUUGCUGCACUUAUUGAUGAUAAGAUUCUAUGUAUGCACGGGGGCCUUUCACCUGAAUUGACAAGUUUGGAUCAGAUCGAAGACAUUUUGAGGCCUACAGAUGUCCCAGAUAUGGGUCUCCUAUGUGAUCUCCUUUGGGCAGAUCCAGAUGAGAAUAUUGAAGGUUGGGGUGAGAAUGAUAGAGGUGUAUCAUACACCUUUGGACCCGAUGUAGUUUCAGAAUUUCUACGAAAACAUGACCUUGAUCUUAUUUGUCGAGCACAUCAGGUGGUGGAGGAUGGAUAUCAGUUUUUUGCUAAUAGGCAGUUGGUCACCAUAUUUUCUGCUCCCAAUUAUUGUGGAGAAUUCGACAAUGCUGGGGCUCUUAUGAGUGUUGAUAACACGUUGAAGUGCACCUUCCAAAUUAUGAAGCCACUUGAUAAAAAGGGGAAACUUGGAUUAGGAUCUAGAUCUGGCACACCACCUAAGAGGGCACCUCAAGGUGAAGGAUCUGGGAGUUAGGAAAUGCACUGCCUCUGCUAUUCUGUUGAUGGAACUUUGUUUGCAUUUGGCUAUUCAGCAGCCAGGCCUGGCAAGGAAAGAAUUUGAUAUUUAAAUUUAAUGGCUUUGUGCCAUUUAAUGUACAACUGCCUAACUGACCCAUAAUUUGUGAGGCAAUUUCUUUUCAGUGGUCUGUUAUGAAAUUCAGCUCAAAGAAAGCAGGAUUUUGUGUAAUGAGAGGAUCGGCUGGAAGGCUUAGAAGUGCAUGUUAUACAGGGCAUAUUAUUGUGUAUUGUUCCUUGACAUUCCUAAUGUUGGAUAAACUAGUUUUGGACGUAGCUUAUUUUAUAAUUUCUAUCCAUAAAAUCUUUGCAUUAGCUUGUAAUGAAUGACAAAUGGCAAGAGGUUUUAGUUUUA